ACAGAUGACUCCAUCAAUCACAAAAUCUAUUCAAUCUUCUAUAGAGAAGUUCCAUGCUUCACCAACUCCAAUCAAAAAACGACGAAUUUUGAUUGCAUCACCACUUAUUGCUUGCCCACAAGCGGGUCUCGUCUCAACUUCUUCUCUCAGAUCUUCUGUAUUUACCCCUCCUUACGGAUUCCGACCAAGUCGACAUCGAGUCCAAGAGCUUCGUCAAGUGAACUUACAGAACCUCAAAAGAAAAACUCACGUCGAGGACAUGGAAGAGAUCAACCGUUUGUUACCGAUUGAUAUUUUGUUACGUGCAAUCUACGAACAAGCAGAAAAUUUGGAAAGACCGCCAACACCAAUGCCAAUUCGAUUGAAGACGUCACCACAGAUUCGUCGCCUCAAACUUCGGAAAGCAUCGAAGAAACAACGGAAAAUGGCUUUGCUUGAACAAACACGAAACAUCGGGAAGAUGAAAAAACCAGAGCGUGGACAACUGAUUCCUCCAGUAAUCAAACCCCCUGCUGUUCCAAUUUUGGAAUUGAUUUUUUCAAAGGCAGGGAUUCUCGAAGCAGUAACAAGAACAGUUGCUGCAAUGUUGUAUAUGCAACUUAUAGAUUCUCCGAACGAAAAUUUGGAAUCACGACGAUCUAUUCUUUAUCGCUAAUUUUUCAGGGAGGAAGGCAGCAAAUGGAUUGAAAUCUUCCUUCCUGGAGUAGAUGACAACAAUCCAAAUGUUUCGCCAUUUUUCAAAAUCUUUGACAACACUGAUGAAGGAAUCCCCGAAGAGCUUUUGUGUGAAAAAAACACCGAGUCUGCACUUAGAAUUUAUCAAUCUCGUGUUCUUAUUAAACGAUUUUUGAUCAGAGAAGAUAUUGAACCGGAGGAAAAAAGCCUACUUGGACAGAUUUUGGGAGUGACAGAUGAAGAGAUAAACUUCUUCUUUCUGAAACUUCAACUUGGAAGGACAGUUGGUGGAAAAUCAAAAGAAGAACUGCAAUUGCUAGUUUUAGAAAAUUUCAAUGACGCUGUAAAAAAGAGCGAGAAGAACGGUGAAGAUUUCGAGAAUCCAAACGGAUUCUAUGAGGAAUUCUUUAUGCCAAUUCUGGAUGAACUAUUCAAUGACUAAUCUACAUUUUUUGAAAUCCGACUCUAGGGGUUUAAUUGAUUAGUUGAAUAGCACCAGUUCAAACGUUAAUUCAUUUGUUUUUCUACACCUGUAUCCUUUUUCUAUUUAAAAAAAAUCUCUAUUCCAAUAAUUUACAUAAUUGAAUUCACAAUCCACGGUCCCAUUUUGCAAUAUUUCACGUGUCACCUUUAAUAAUUUUCUCAGCCCGAGAUCUUAUCUUUUGCAUCGUGUAUUUUUGUUUCCACGUUUCAAUGCCCAUUUUGUCCCGAUUUCCCAAAAUAAUUCAUUCCCAGUUUGCCGAAAAGAAAUUCAUAAAGAAAUUCAAUCAA